CUUUCCAUUUGGGGCGGGGUGGCGCUCCGUCCGUCCGGCGCACAGUGCAGAGCGCACCGUCACCAGCACCUCUCCCUGCACCGUCCACCGGUCUGACUCAACACCAUGGGUCUGGAGAAAGAGAAACUGGAUACUAGUAUUAUUAUGGACGAAGAUGAGUUCAACAGAUCAAUAGAGCCCAUUCUGUCGAAGAAGGGAAAAGUUUAUGUGGAGCCGCCGGAUCGAGAUCCGAACGACAUCAAUGCGCACUUGAAGGUCGGUUUUGAAGAUGUCAUCGCGGAGCCGGUUUCCACGCACAGCUUCGACAGAGUGUGGAUCGGAAGCCACGCGGUCUUUGAACUCGUCAAAUUCUUGUUCUACCGUGUGCUGACCACUGUGCUGGCCGUGCCCGUGGCCUUCGUCCUCGGACUGGUCUUCGGGGUUCUCAGCUGCAUCCACAUCUGGCUAGUGAUGCCAGUGAUCCAGAGCUUCAUGAUGCUCCUGCCGUCAGUGCAGGUCGUAUGGAGGAGUCUGAUGGACAUGUUCGUAGCGCCGCUCUUCCACAGCAUGGGGAAGACCCUGUCCUCAGUCCAAGUUAAGACCAUGGAGGACUGAUGCUGACUCCAGACAAGAGGGACAAGACUGGGGUCUAAAAUACAAGGAUUGAAUGAUGCUUAUUGAGGAGCACAUGAACUUUUUAUAAAUCCUGCACAAACAAUCUCUUCUAGAGGAUAAAAUUAGUGUAGUCCAAAUAUUUAAGCCUUGUCCACACUGAUGCAGAUAUUUUUUUCAUAGUUUGAAAAAUUUUCAUCCCAAAAUGCACGAAUGAAAUAUCAUAUGAGAAGAGACCUGCUGUUGUUGUGGAGCUUGAACGUGAUUUUGAUUGUCAUCAUCUUUGAUUAGCAUUAACAGGGUAUUAACUGAAAGUAGUUGCAGUAAUUAUUGUUUUGCUGUGCACAGAAGAUAAAAAUAAGUAAAAAUGUUCCCAUUAUAGGUAAAGUUGAAAACAAAACAAGAUUAUUAAUCGCUCAAUAUUCAUUCAUCAGUUAACUUAUAGUCAUUUGACUGUUUAUUUCUGGCACAAGACCCAAGAUAUUCGUUUACUUGUUUGCACAUAUAAAAACAAAAGAAAAAAAAAAACAAAAAGAAGUAGGAUGUGCAGGUGG